AUGAGUGAUCCGGUUGAACCUGGAAAAGAACUACAGGAAAAAACAGCAGGAGAUUAUCUAUCGAAUGCUCCACUACUCAAAUUGAAGCUCUUGGAAGCAUUAAAGAACGUUGACUGCCUGAAAGUUGAUAAUCUUUAUUCCACUUAUGAUAACGUCGAUAACCCUGCGAUUGCUAAUUUAAAAUCUUUAGUACUUCACCUCGCAAUUCAGGUCUCAUCGUUCAAGCUUUUCGAGGAGCUAUUGGCCAAUAAGAGCUACAAACAAUUCUUGAACUAUCAGGAUGAAAAUGGUAACACCCCGUUGCACAUAGCUUGUCAGUCUCAAAGGCAUGAUAUCAUCGAAUUGCUCUUGAACCAACCAUUGGUGAACGACACUAUUUUGAAUCACGAAAACCAGCAGCCAAUCGACUUAAUUAAAAACAACCCAUCAUUAUUCAAUUUCGUACAGUUACAAAGAGUAAAAUAUGUGGAAAAGGUGUCUACCGAGUUGAGAAAGGGUUUUACAAAUAGAGAUUUCAAAAAGUUGAACCAAAUUUAUUCGAAUCCUCGUAACUUUGAAUUGUUGGAUAUUAAUGGAUUGGACCCAGAGUCUGGUGACACUGUCUUGCACGAGUUUAUCAAGAAGAAGGACGUUGAAAUGGUACAAUGGAUCUUGAGUCAUGGUGGUGACCCAUUUAAAAGAGAUAAAAGAGGUAAAUUGCCGGUUGAAAUCAUCUCUAAACUUAAAGCAUCUGGUCAGGCUGAUCAAUUGAAGAAGAUUUUGAAGAAAGCUUCCAAGGAACAAUCCGUCAUAGAUCCCGUCUCCAACACCCAAACAGUGUUGAUCAACUCCAACGGCAGCAUGGAACAAGCUCCAACUUUCAAAGGCUACUUGAAGAAAUGGACUAAUUUUGCCAGUGGUUACAAAUUGAGAUGGUUCAUUUUGGACUCUCAGGGUAUUUUGAGUUAUUAUAAAAACCAAGACGACAUUAAUUCUAACUGCAGGGGCUCUAUCAAUUUGAAAAAUUGCAGAUUACACCUCGAUUCGAGUGAAAAAUUGAAGUUCGAGAUCUUGGGUGUCCAUAAUGCUAACAUAAAGUGGCAUUUGAAAGGUAACCAUUCAGUGGAGACUAACAGAUGGGUUUGGGCUAUUCUGAAUGCUAUAAAAUUCGCAAAAGAUAGAGAAAAGGCAGCAAGAAAAUUGAGCAACACCAAGAGUGUAGCUGAAGCUAAUAUCAUCAGGAAUAAUACCGAUGCUUCAUCACUAAUGGCUCCAUCAUUAAUGGCACCAUCAGAAAUCACCUCCAGAAGUUCUCAAUUGAAUCAGAAGACUCCGUUUGAAUACACUAAGGCUCCUGAAAGUCACUUAUCUGCCUUACACGAAGGUAAAGGACAUUCUAGAGUCCCUUCGAAUACCCCAAGUAUUAUCAGCAGUAGACAUACCAGAAGCUUCUCGGAGUUGAGUCAAAUAAGCAGAAACAACAGCAAAGCAGGAACAAGGGAUAACAUAUUGUCCCCUAUCCAGGACUCUUAUAGCACAGCUGAUCAUGAACUUGAAGAUGAUAUUGAAGACAAUGGAUCCGAAGCAGGAGAUUUGGAAGUUCUACAAUUCAAUGAUGAAUUAGAAUCAAUAUCUGCAGAUUCUGUGUCAAUUUUUGAGAAAGAUAUUUCAAAUUUGAAAUUCAUUGGACCUCAUGGAAAUGAAAUCACCAUUUUGCAAAAAGCUCUAUUGGUAGAGAUGAACUCUUUGAGUGAGUUGGUAUCGGCAUCUUUGGGUACUACUGCCGAGGGAGAAGAAAGAAGAAGCAUUUUAGAGACUUCUGCUAAUGCUUUACAAGCAGCCGUUGAAGACUACAGGCGAUUGCUAACUUUGAUUCACAAAAAUAAUUUCAAGAUUGUCAAAAAAUUGAACAAUGAAUUGAAUGUUAAUGGGUUAUGGGAAUCAUCUAUAAAAGAAUUAGAAGAGGAAAAUAUCAAGAACGUGAAAAAGGUUGAACAAUUUGAGCGUGAAAGAAGACAAUUACGUAAAAUCUUGCGCGAGAAGUUGAUGCAAGCCGGCAAUAGUGAUCUUUCAUCCCUUGACGAAAAUGAGUUGGGGCUCAGAAGAAUUAUUAGUGAUGCAGUACACGAUGCUGAAUCUGCCCAGGUGGAAAAAAUUAAGAGUUUAUCAAACAACGCACCAAUAAUUGCGGUCGAUGAUUCAAAACCUGAAGAAGAGACAACAACCAAUAUUCAGCCAGAAGUAAGCACAACUCCUAAAGCUUCCUCCAACCCUCCAGCUCUCAAUAGUACUAAUACUGAAUCCAGUGAGUCAAGUAACUUUUCUCCACGUAAAAGUAUUAUGCUAUCUGAUAGUUUGCAAGAUCAGAAAUUGAUGCAAUUUGUUGAAGAGGAAGAUACUGAUUCUGAUUCUGAUGAUGAAUUCUUUGAUUUUGAUGAUUUCGCAGAAGACGAGACUGAAAAUCCAUUUAUCGAUGAAACUUCGAACAACAAGGAGGUUGAAGACAUCGCCGUUGCAAAACCACAAGCCGGCGGGGUGGCUGCUGAUAUCAAGCGUACAGAGACCGCUGAUGAGACAUUGACUGACCAAACUACUAAGGUAGAGGCGAUUGUGGAUGAUAAUGCUACUUACUAUCCUACCCCAAUUGAACUUAAUACUGUUCAAGAAAAGAAAAAUGAAUUGUUAUUAAAGGAAAAGACCUAUAAUGGUUACGAAGAUCCAAUAAGAACCAAACUUUCCAAGGAUGAGGAUGAUAGACCAAAGAUAUCUCUUUGGGGUAUUUUGAAGUCCAUGAUUGGUAAGGAUAUGACAAAGAUUACUUUGCCUGUUUCUUUCAAUGAAUGUACCUCUCUUUUGCAGCGUGUGGCCGAAGGGGUUGAAUACACUGAAUUGAUAGAUAAGGCUGCGUCCAUUGAUGAUUCAACUUUAAGAUUAUGUUAUGUUGCUGCUUUUGGUUCUUCUGAAUAUGCCUCUACACUUAUUAGAGUCGCCAAGCCUUUCAAUCCAUUAUUGGGUGAAACGUUUGAAUAUGCUAGACCUGAUAAAAAUUUCAGAUUUUUCGUUGAACAAGUUAGCCAUCAUCCUCCUAUCAGUGCUGCCUUGGCAGAAUCUCCAAAGUGGGAUUAUUACGGUGAAAGUGCGGUGAAGUCAAAAUUCAAUGGUAGAUCCUUUGAUAUUAAGCCUUUGGGUAAAUGGUAUUUGCAUUUGAGACCGGAUAAAUUUGUGAAAGACACCGCUGGUAAUAAAAUUGCUGAUGAGGAAAUCAUCACCUGGAAUAGAGUAACCAGUUCUGUCGUUGGUAUUAUCGUGGGUAAUCCAGUUGUUGAUAACUAUGGUGAAAUGAAAAUUGUUAACCACACCACUGGUGAUCAUGUCACCUUGGAAUUCAAGGCUAGAGGAUGGAGAGCGUCGUCUGCAUAUGAAGUGAAGGGUACUGUUUACAACAAAAAUGAUGAACCAUGUUACGCAAUUAAGGGACACUGGGACUCCAAGAUUUACUGCAGAAAAUUAAACAAAGAAGGUGUUCCUGAAUCAGAUGAUCCAAACGAUAAGUUUUUGCUUUGGCAAGUGAACCCUAGACCAAAGAGACCAUUCAAUUUGACUUUGUUUUCUAUUUCUUUGAACGCCUUACAACCUCAUUUAAAGAACUGGCUUGCCCCUACAGAUACCAGACUCAGACCUGAUCAAAGAGCAAUGGAGGAUGGUAGAUAUGACGAUGCUGCCGAUGAAAAGAACAGAGUUGAAGAGAAGCAGAGAGCUGCGAGAAAAAUGAGAGAAACUUCAGGAACCUCCUAUAAAACAAAGUUUUUUGACAGAGAUGUCCAUCCUAUCACCAAAGAAAACUACUGGAAGUAUAAUGGUACCUACUGGAAGAGAAGAGGUAAACAUGAUCUAGCAGAUAGCGGUGAUAUAUUCUGA